GCCUAAGAAUUUGCGGGGUGUUGAGCUGAGCUCAAAAGGCAUGGUGGUCAGCCUGUUUUAGGCUUGGUCUGAAUGGAGAAGUCCGUUCGGGUCUAGUUUGAACUUCUUGCAUGUCAAGCCGUUCAAGCCUAGUCUGAAAGGUCAGGAGGGCGUGCUAUUCGGUCUAGGCCUGAACGGCUUGAAGGGCACGUUGUUCAGGCCUGGCAUGAAUAGUCUGGAUUUUUUUAUGUUGCACAAACAAUAAUUUAAUUUUAAUUCUUGAAUUUAUGGAUGAAGGUAUAGUUUUUUUGUUUUUUGUUAAGUUAGAUUUUAUUUUUAAAACUUGAUCUAAUCAAAUUAAAAGUGGGUCAGAUAGGGAACAUGCCGGGUGAAAAAAGUUCUUCAUCAGAUCCGAUCUGACCAGGUUAGAGGCAAAAAGUGAAGGAUGAAUUUAGAUAUUCCAAGUCAAAAGUAGAGCGAAAUCCUGUUCCAAUUCGAUCCAUUGAAACCCCUGAUGUUAUAUAUAUUUUUAUAUAUAUAAAAUAUAUCAAAAAUUAUACUAUAUAUUAUAAUACAGAAUUCAAAACAAAACGUCAAAAUUAACCGAUAUCAAACUUUUCAUACCAAUUGAAAAUCUGGAAUUACUUCCAGAACGGGCACGAAGUGAAAUAAAACUAGGUUUUUUCUUGCCUUUGGUUUUACAAGAUCGGAGAUAUUGCACCCAGGUAAGUAAAUUAAAAAAAAAGAAUUUCUCUCUCCGAUGACCCAUUUUCUCGAAUUUAACAGCAGCAGCAAUGCCACGGCCACCAGCUUUGGCGGUCGAACAAGCAUGUAUCCGACGACAAGUGGACCGAUAAGCAGAUCUCCGAUGACACGAAACCUGUUUAUAUUCCUCUCCUAUUGGUUCCUCGGUUAGCAUCUUUUAGGUGUCGUUGCUAUGAUUGCCUUGUUGGUAUGCUGAAUUGGCUUGGGUUUUGAAGUUUGUUUCUGGGUUUUGGGUUUUGAAGCUUGUUACUGGGUUUGGAUUUGAUACUGCUACUUGUUUGAGAGAAUGUGUCUGUUACACACCAUCUCUAAGAUAGUUCAAAUUAUUGCAAUUGCACGGGUAAGAGGUGCAAAGUUUAGGUGCAUAGAGAGGGAGAGACGAGCACUUCUUCAGUUCAAAGAAGACCUUAUUGAUGAUUAUGGUGUUCUUUCUUCUUGGGGGGGCAAAGAAGAGAAAAGAGAUUGCUGCAAAUGGAUAGGAGUUGGCUGUGACAACAUAACUGGUCAUGUUACUUUGCUUGAUCUCCAUUCCUCACCUGUGUACGAGGAUCGUUUUACGCCUCUAAUAGGUAAGGUUAGUGAUUCAUUACUUGAGUUACAGUAUUUGAAUUACUUGGACCUGAGUUUGAAUAAUUUUGAUGAGAGUAUAAUGGAUUUUAUUGGCUCCUUAACCAGCCUGAGAUACUUGAACCUCUCAUACAACUUUUUCACUGUAACUAUUCCCUAUCAGCUUGGGAACCUCUCAAGAUUGCAAUCUCUUGACCUCAGCUAUAGUUUUGAUGGCAGUGUAGAAAAUCUUGACUGGCUUUCUCAUCUUUCUUCUCUAGAGCGUCUUUAUUUAAGUGGUUCCAACCUCAGUAAGGUAAAUGACUGGCUGCAAGUGAUUACAAACCUCCCGCACCUAAAAGAACUGCGAUUGAAUCAGUGUAGUCUUCCAGAUAUAAUUCCUUCACCUCCUUUUGUCAACUCUUCUAAAUUUCUUGCUGUCCUUCAUCUCUCUAAUAACAAUCUUUCUUCUGCGAUAUACCCCUGGCUGUACAACUUUAAUAAAAGCCUGGUUGACCUUGACCUUUCUGGUAACCAGUUAAAAGGUUCGAUUCCAGAUGCAUUCAGAAACAUGAGUGCUCUCACAAAACUUGUUCUUUCCAGUAAUCAGCUUGAAGGUGGCAUUCCAAGAUCUCUUGGGGAGAUGUGCAGCUUGCAUGUGCUAGAUUUGUGCCACAACCAUAUCAGUGAGGACCUUUCGGAUCUCGUGCAGAACUUAUAUGGACGCACAGAGAGCUCACUGGAGAUUUUGAGAUUAUGUCAGAAUCAACUUAAUGGUCCAUUGCCUGAUAUUGCUAGAUUUUCUUCCUUGAGAGAAUUGGAUAUCUCAUAUAAUCGACUCAAUGGGUGUAUACCUGAAAGUAUUGGAUUCCUUUCCAAGCUUGAGCAUUUUGAUGUUUCUUUUAAUUCUUUUCAAGGUGUGGUGUCUGGAGAACAUUUUUCUAACCUCUCCAAGUUACAGAACUUGGAUUUGUCUUACAAUUCCUUGGUUUUGAGAUUCAAAUCUGAGUGGGACCCCACUUUUCAAUUGAACACCAUUCGUCUUAGUUCAUGCAACUUGGGGCCUUUUUUCCCACAAUGGCUUCAAACUCAGAGAAAUGUCCAUUUGCUUGAUAUCUCCAGUGCUAAUAUUUCAGAUAAAAUCCCUAAUUGGUUUUGGAACCUGUUGCCUACCUUGGCUUUCUUAAAUCUAUCUCACAACUUGAUGAGUGGAACGCUGCCAGAUUUAUUGUCAGUUGAUGUGGUUGAUGGUACAUUCCCUGGGUUUGAUUUGAGUUUUAAUCAGUUUGAGGGUCUACUGCCAGCUUUUCCUUCUACGACAUCCUCAUUGAUUCUUUCUAACAAUUUAUUUUCAGGGCCAAUUUCUUACAUAUGCAAUAUUGCUGGUGAGGUAUUGAGCUUCCUUGAUCUGUCAAACAAUCUGUUGUCUGGACAACUUCCAAAUUGUUUCAUGGAUUGGAAGGGACUGGUUGUUCUGAAUUUGGCUAACAACAACUUGUCAGGCAAAAUUCCAAGCUCUGUCGGAUCAUUGUUUCUCCUUCAAACAUUGAGUUUACACAACAAUAAACUCUACGGAGAAUUGCCCGUGUCUUUAAAAAACUGUAGCAUGUUGAAAUUUUUGGACCUUGGUGAAAAUCGAUUAUCCGGAGAAAUACCAGCUUGGAUAGGAGAAAGCCUCUCAUCUUUGAUGUUCCUUUCCCUUCAAUCUAAUGAAUUCAUUGGAAGCAUCCCGCCACAUAUUUGUCAGCUAAGAAAUAUUAGGAUCUUGGACCUCUCCCUAAACAAUAUCACUGGAGCCAUACCAGAGUGUCUCAACAAUCUAACUGCUAUGGUUCUAAGAGGGGAAGCAGAAACUGUCAUUGACAAUCUUUACUUGACAAAGAGACGUGGAGCAGUUUUUUCUGGAGGCUACUAUAUCAAUAAGGCAUGGGUUGGAUGGAAAGGAAGAGAUUAUGAAUUUGAGAGAAAUCUUGGACUGUUGCGUGUCAUUGAUUUUUCAGGCAACAAUUUAUCUGGAGAAAUUCCAGAGGAAAUAACUGGCCUGCUUGAGUUGGUUGCACUGAACUUGUCAGGAAAUAAUUUAACUGGAGUAAUCCCUCAAAAGAUUGAUCAUUUGAAAUUGUUAGAAUCUCUUGAUUUGUCAAGAAAUCAUUUCUAUGGUGCAAUUCCACUCACAAUGGCUGCUCUAAAUUUUUUAAGUUGCUUGAAUGUCUCCUGCAAUAAUUUGUCUGGGAAAAUUCCAUCGAGCACUCAGCUUCAAAGCUUUGAUGCAUCAGCUUUUACAGGCAAUCCUGCACUGUGUGGUCUACCAGUCACCCAGAAAUGCCUUGGAGAUGUUGAUGUGCCUCAAAGUCCAGCGAUGAAUGAUGUAAUCCAAGACAAUCAAAAAACUGUGCAUGAGUUCAGUAUGUGGUUUUAUAUUGGCAUGGAAAAUGGUUUUUUUGUAUUUUUUAUUGGAUUUUCGGGUGCAUUACUGCUCAAGCAUUCUUGGAGACAUGGCUAUUUCCAGUUUUUGGAUGAAUCAUUGGAAUUCCUCUGCUUGAUACUGAGAGCGCAUAGGGCAAAACAAAAAAGGCUACACCCAAACUCUUGCAGUUAGGUUUGAGAGACGGUCUUUACACAUUAUGUUUACAAGGAUUCUCUGCUGCCCCAGAAUCAUGGUUCUUUUGCUUGUGGAGAAGUCUCCAUCAUUGUUUGUGUAGCUUGUUGCUGUAUUCAUGGUUUGGUAAAUCACCUUUCUUCGAAUCAUCUGUCUUUACUCGAAGUAUCGAAUUUUUUCUUUCUGCUUCAAGGUUGAACAUAUUUUGAUGUGUUAUGUAACAGCUGUGCCUGUAGUCGGUGGAUUAAUUUAAUGCUGUUGCUAGUCUUAUAAUGAAAGUGGAAGGAUGCUCAAGUGAUUUAUGCUGAAUGAACCUCAACAUUUUGAGAUGA